CAGUGGGCAACACGACACAGGCUAUAAAGCGUGAAGGGAGCACAGACGUCUUCCACAAACAGCAGGGAGUUUUAUCCUGGUUCACUGUCAAUUAUUUUCCUUCAUCAUCGCCUCUGAGAGCGUUUAUGAGACUCAAAGGCACGGGAAAUACUUAAAUCAGGUUAAAUGACCAGUAGGAAUGUACAUUCUGAUCAUGAUAAGUUUUUAUUUUUAUGAACUUGCCGGGAAUUGUUGAGGGAUAUUAUCUUCUAAUGUUGAGAAGCAUUAGGAGAACCAGGCAUUGAAAAAUGUUUUUUCACGUUAGUUUCUAAGGGAUGAGUUACACUUUGUAUGUUGCUAGACGUUUCUUUCCAAUUAGACUAAAGGGAACUUUGAACGAAACUUUUUACACUUUUAAGAGCUCUGAUCUGCAUAUUUGUCACCAUAAAGUGAUUUUUUAAAAAAAAACCCUAUUUGUUUACCAUUUGCAUCCCCCAACUGCGGUUACCCUGCAAGCUGACAACAUGGUCGCUGCUUCCCUGGAAAUAUUUGUGUAAAAUGAGCUAAGGUCACGGUUCUCCAAAUGUGAAACAUAUCGCCUGGGCAAAAACGUCCAGCUUUCUUUUAAAAGUGAGGAUGUUUAUUCAGGCUCCAGAACAAGUAAGAUUAGUGCAAGUUUUAAGUUGCAGUCAGCGUUUCUCAGACAUGUUUUCAUGAAGGAAAGUUAGCCGAAAGCUGGGAAGUUCUUGUCUGGCUAACUUUCCAAGGAAGGUUUUGUUUUCAUGGUGCGAUGCAACAGGCGUUUAUUGCAGAUAGAAUACAAUAACAGAACAUGAAAGACAACAACUUCUCUGGAGAAGAAGAAGAAAUGCAUUCAUUCAGAUGUGAACAAAGUGAUGCAAUUUUGUUUUCAAAUGAAGUAGAGAGGACUUCGAGACCUGGACGUUGCAAAUGUCAAACUGCAUGGUCAUUGAGUCUGGCUGUGAAAGUGCUGUACAUAUUCUUUAGUUGUCUCAUUAUAGCUGUUGCUGUUCUUGCAUCUGUAGUGUUCAAAAAGGUUGACUCCAUAACUGAAGAUCUCAACAUGGCCCAAUCAUUCUAUGAGACAAAGAUUAGUUCUGUUCAGACAAACAUUAAAGCACUUGAUAAAAAAUCCACAAGCAAAAAUUGUUCUUCUUGCCAUGACGUUUCCCAGUUUGCACAAGAAAUCAUUGGCUUGCAGAAAGAGUUUGAGGAGAUACAGCAGUUGCUGUUGACUCAAGAGCCUGCUCUGGAUAAGACUGUCCAAAACCACUUGACCCUUUUGACUGACAACAGACGAAUCAAUAAGGAGGUUAUGCAUUAUUCAACAUCUAUUGAACAGAUCAACCAAACGGUGGAAAGUGUUUCAGUGCAAGUAAAUGGAUUGCAAAGCCUUAUAAAGGAACUUGAUGAGUUUAUGAGGAAACUGACCCAGGACCAGUACAAAAUAAGGAUUAGUGUGCAACACAUUAACUUCACCACCAACCAGAAUACAUUAUGGCGUGAAGAAAUUCAAAGGAAAGCUGAUGAGGAAACGUUAAUAUUACGGAAGAUAGUGGCAGACUGGCAGAACUCCUCAAAAGCUUUUGGAAGUUUGAAGACUUCAAUGAGCAGGAUGAAUGAUGUGGUGAAAGGUAUUCAGAGCACUCUGGUCACUACACUGCAGAGAGUCUCUCAAAAUGCUGAGGUCAUGCAUGACUUAAGCUUGCAACUGCUAGUGGUGCAUGAGCAGUUUGAAAAUAUCUCCACCUUCCUUGAUGACCAUGAAGAAAAUAUUCAGGACAUUGUUUAUCAUGCAAGGUAUUAUGAAAACAGGACAGCUGAGAGGUUUGAAACCAUUAUGGGGCGAAUGAUUUCCCAUGAAACUGAAAUUAACACCAUACUGGCCAACAUCAAUGCUACAAAUAAUCAUGUACACAGCAUGAUAAAGUAUAUCAGUGAUGUGAGGACAUCUUGUUCAAGUGGGAUUGGAACACAUUCAGAAGAACUUUACCAUCUCAACAAUUCCCUGACCAUUAUUCAGAGCGCCACCGAUCUGCUACGACAGCAGUAUAAUCUCCUAACAGCAACAGUGGAAGAGGAAAUAAGCAAGCUUGCUGUUGUAAUGGAAGAAAUGAAAAUUGUUGAUGCACAACAUGGAGAGGCAAUCAAAAAUGUCACUAUUUUAAGAGGUUUGCCAGGUCUGCCAGGACCAAAAGGAAAUAAAGGGGAGGCAGGAAUAAAAGGAAACGUUGGCCCUGUCGGACCAAAAGGUGACACAGGUGAACGGGGACCCGCAGGAAAGUCUGGCGCACGAGGUUUAGAUGGACCUCCGGGUGCUCGUGGAGACAAAGGCUCAAAAGGUCCAAUCGGGGCACCUGGUCUUAAAGGAAGUAAAGGUUCUUUCGGGAAGUCUGGCUCACGAGGAGAUGCUGGUCCUAAGGGAGACAGAGGACCACCAGGACCAGAAGGAAAGCCAGGACCACGUGGGCCCAAAGGGCAAUCAGGUGCUAAAGGAGAUCCUGGAAUUCCAGGCCCACAGGGACCAAAGGGAGAAAUGGGAAAUACAGGCCCCCCAGGAUCUCGAGGACCACCAGGUCCAUGAACAGAAGCAUCUUUGUUUUGUUUUGAUCUGUUGCACCCUCCUGAAUGUUUGUUACAUAAUUGCGCAAAGAAAAACAGCCAGAUUUAUGCUUACUUUCCAAGAAAUCUUAAAACUAAUUAAUUGAAACAGAUAUGGUACACACCAUUGUCACAUGACUCCCUGGUCACACGUGAUAGGUUACCACCAAGUUUAUAUAAUAAUUUGUUAAAGAUGGCAUAUAAAGUACCUACUAGGAUGAGGCUAAUCUUCUUCUCAUUUUGACCUAGAUCAGACUCACAAUCAAAUGUCUAGAUCAGAGUCAUAAUCAUCCCAGUGCUCAGUUUUAACUGCCUUAUUUGAAUUGUUCAGAUAUAAGAUGUAACAUGACGGAACAUUACUUAAUGAGGUACCUGAAGGCUGGGAAAUCCAUAAAGAUCCAGUUCACUGUGAAUCACUGUCUUUAGGAGAGAAAGACGUAAGGUAGUUGCAACAAAAAUAAUUGUUCAACAUCCCACCUACAUAGCACGAUUGCAGGACAUUAUCUUGAUAUUCAGUUUUGAACUUACAGGCAUCCAGAGGCAACCUAGAACGUGUUUUGUAGAAAUGAAGGACUUGAAGCUCGGGCCCUUCUGCUCAAAUCAGUGUUUGGCAGUCAAAUAGCUGGGCCUAGUCCGCUCAAGAUUAUGAAGUGGUCACUUGUUGACUGAUUCUAAAAGGCAAGAUUUUAGCAAAAACAAAUAAAUUCAUUUGGUGGUUCAGGAGUAGCAGAAACUGUCCCCAAUUUCACUUCAUUCUGAUUAACCAUGCCCCACAAACCUAACUAUCGGCGAGAGGUCUAGUAUCCAUUGUUUUAAAUGAAUAUGCUCCAUGUGGAGCUUUAAAAGGUGCCAGCCUCUCACACAAAUUAAUGUGGCUUGAGUUCCAAUUUUGGCUCAGACCUGGGCAUCCUUCAGGGACAUGUUGUAGGUUCAUUGCUGCCACCAUGCUAGAAUUUAUUACCAUUGAACUGUUAUUCUUGAUAAUAUGACCAUAUGGUCAGGAUCAUACCAUUUAAAGACUGCUAUUUACUUAACUUUAAAUGACUGUUAUGCGAGAUUUUGCAAUUUAAGUUAAGCCAGAAAUAAUUCACCUUUUAAACGUAGGGCCUACAGCAAUUUUGAAAUAUUUUCUGAUUAAUUUUCAGCUGAUUUUGACUCUUUAUAAAUGUUCUCAUCAAUAAGUGCUUGCAAAUUCCUUAAAGUUAACUUU